AUGCGUUGCAGCGGCUUACCGUCCGUUCUUUGGGUCCUCUUCUUCUUCGCCGUUCAAGUCAAAACGGCGUUGGUCAAUCGCACGAUUGACGACACUUUGGGCGAUAGCGUCACCCGAGCCCCCGUUUCUUUCCUCCCUGGCUCAGUAUGGUUCAACCAAACGACCUGCUCUGGCUGCGCCGACGUUCCAAAUUCCUCCUUGACAUUCGAUAAAACAUGGACCGCUGCUUUGUACCUCGCUUCAAUUGGGUCCAUUUCCGCCACAAUGAAAUUCAGUGGCACUGCAAUCUAUGUGUACUUUGUCGUGCCUAACUUCGCUGCCAACUCCGGCCUGGCGAAUGAGGUCCUUUGCGAUUUUCUUAUCGACGGGUCUAAGGUUGGGGGCUUCCAGCAUAAGUCGGAUGGAAGUGGUGCAUUCAACUAUGAUACUCUCGUCUACGCAAACACAUCGAUCCCCAAUGGCGACCAUACCUUGAUUAUUCAAACGACAGGCACCACUCCGGCGGUGUUGAUUUUUGAUCGAGCCAUUUACACUUUUGGGGAUGUGCAACAGUCUGUAGUUCGAGUAGCACCACCAACGACAACCAGUUCCACGUCACAACCCCCGACAGAUCCGGUUAGCAAUGUACAAACGACUUCGAGCACAACCUCGGCAACCCCAUCUUCGUCGAGCCCGGUAUUCCCCAUCGCACCUGAUGCGAGUCUUGCUUACCAAACCCCUACCUCCUUACCUCCCUUCUACAUCACCGCCGGUGGCCCAACUCCGUCUAUUCCUGCGAUUCCUGGGAGCAACGAUUCGUCUCAGAAUGGCAUCCCUCCAAAUACAUCACGCAUAAUCGCUAUUGCGGGGAGUGCCGCCGGCGCGAUGAUUCUCUGCAUCUUCAUUGGUGUCGGCAUAAUGCUUUGCAGCCGAAGAAGAAAGCAACGACAGCACAAGCCUCCGCGACCUCCUCGACCAGAGAUGACAAGUGCUCGGUCACCAGCGUGGAUACCUCCUCAUGAGCUCGUCCAGGCAGCGAACACGCGCUCACCCAUGACCCCUGCCUCAGGCUCAGUGGCAUCGUUCCCCAACUCCAGUGUUCCUGCAGCGGGUCCAUCGGGUUAUGGACGCACAAUCGCUGCCACUCAGACAAAACCACCAAGCACACCCACCGGCGAAACCAUCACCACAGCCGCAUCUGUCGGUCAUGGACCACAUUCUCCUUCUGCUCUUUCUAGCUCCUACGGACACUCAUAUUCUCAUUCUGCUGUCUCCGAGUCCACGAGUGACUCACAGGCAUCAGACUCUUUGCGUAUCCACAUCCCCCGCAGUGCGUUUGCCCUGGCGGCCAAUGGUUCGAGCACUUCGGGACCAUCUCCGCUUACCAGCCAGGCACAUUCACCCAUCAUUCGGACCAAUGGCGCCCCUCUUCCUGCCGAGCAAGAGGCCAACAUCCGUGUCCUCCUCGCCAGCGCUCUUGCGUCCAAUGCACAAACUGGCGGGAGUCUCAGUGUCAGCAUCGCCGGAAGCACGACCAGCGAAAGCAGGAGCGGGGCUUAUACUCCUACCUCGGAGACAGGCAGCCUCAUGAUGGCGACGCCGACAACUGCCAACCCUUAUAGGUACACGUACCGCCGUCCCCCGCCCCAGCCGUAUGAUGGUAUCGAGCUCAACGACGAAUAUUACACGAUGCUCGACCACGCCCGGCAGCACGAACAGGUGGGGGUUGUUCACGUCGAUAGCGGGAUCCGCAUUAGUCGGACCCUUUUGGACCUUCCUCCGGGAUAUUCAGCUUCAUAA